AGUCAAUACUGCAGACAGGACAAGGUUUAAUGUUGGCUGAAAUGUCACUGUGUCUGUGACAGUUCCUGUUAGCCUCAUGUGCAUACAUUAUGUAGUUUUGUCAUAUUUCCACGGAAGUCAUCAUUUGUCACACACACACAUUGUGCGUUCUUAGUUUUGUUAUGCUAUAACAAUGUAUGAUUUGGUGAAUCACUUGACUAGGCUAUCAUCAUAACAGGUUAUUUGUGUCUAUGCUGCAACAGGCUGAUCCUCUCCACAACAACAAUGAACGUCUCUGUGGAAGAGAUGCAGGGCUUCUAUGGCAGUGACUACCACCAAGAGAACAUUGUAUUUUCAACAUUUUACAUCCUGAUUUUCAUCUUUGCUGUGCCUGGGAAUGCCCUGGCGCUGUGGGCGUUCUUUCGUCAGGCGAGCACAUCUUCAUUUAAGGUCUUCCUCAGGCACCUGUCUGUGGCAGACCUCUCUUACAUCCUCAUUUUACCCAUGCGUAUAGUUUACCACCUGUCAGACAGCCACUGGCCUUUUGGGCAUGUCCUCUGUCAACUAGCGGGCUUCCUCUUUUACCUUAACAUGUACUGCAGCCUGUACUUAAUGAGUUUCAUUAGCCUGGACAGAUUUAUGGCUGUGGUUCUACCUAUAAAAUCACAGUCAGUAAGGAAGGCUUUGUAUGCAAAGGUAGUUGUGGGCAUACUUUGGGUGACAGUUAUUGUGUGUAUGAGUCCUAUACUUUUCUCUAAAAAGAAUGUGACAAACAACUCAACUGGCAUCUGCAUCAAGCUGUACUUAGAAAAGACAUCUCCCAUGGCUUUAGUUUCCACUAUUGUGGCAUUUGUUAUUCCUCUCACCAUCAUAGUGGUUUCCUACAUACUAAUUCUGUUGAAACUCAGGACAAUCACACAACGGGAAGAACGGCCAGUGAGGGACAACGCUAUAAGAAUGAUCAUCCUCAUUGUGAUGAACUUCCUGUUUGCAUUUGUACCCUACCAUGUGAGUAGGGUGAUCUACAUUGAAAGCCAUGGUCAUGGCCAUAUGACCGCAGCAACCCUCGAGUCACUGGGAAGAGCCAAUCGGAUCACAUCUGCACUGACCUGUGUCAGUGGUGUACUGGAUCCUGUGAUGUACUUCUUCCUCAACCGUGCAUACAGGGAUACAUUGCAGCAGCUGUUCUGUAAAAGAUGAUCAAUAACACAUGUGCAGACAAUAAAUAUGUGUACAAAAUUA